AUGAGCGCACGCUCGGCAUUUUUGUGUCAAAUACAGGUACAGUACUUGAAAAUUAAUUUUCAAAUAGUAUAUUUUAAUUCAGGUGUGUAAUGUAUUUCUAAUUGUCUCUGGAUUAUUGGCCGUCGGCUUAGCUGGAAGUCAAUUUUCAAAAGUUGGAUUAGAAAAUUAUCGUGAUAUUGAUUUUCGAUUGCUCAAUUUCAUUCAUGUUGUAACCGGUGUCAUUGGUGAGUCGUUCUUGUCUGUUUUGUUGCUCAAAAACUUGUUUUCUUCUAGGAUUUUACUCACUUUGGAAAAAUCAUGGAAGUAUUGUUACCAAAACUUUGUAUUUGGUCUCAUUUGUUAUUGGAUUUUCUACAGCUGUUUUCUACGGAUUCACCACAUAUCGAGUGAGUUACAAGAAAUUUUGGGAUACAUUUCUAACAACUCUUCAAGAAUUUAAAAAUUAAAUUUUAUGAAAGUUCCCAGAACAAAUUGUAAAAUUAAAUUUCUAGGUGGUCCGAGCUGGAGAACAUUUCAACAGAAUCCAAAAUGCGCAAGGUUUUGAAGAGUUCCAACCAGAAGAGCACAAUUAUGCUGGUCGAAUUGUUAUUUCGGCUUUGAUGAUUGGUGCGGGAACAGUUGCUGCCGUUUUUUCACUUUUUGCCUUGUUUUUGUUGAGCAAAAUUAUUGUCGUCACUAUUCCUGUUUAUCCAAUGCAAUCGAGAGAACAAGAAUUUGCAAUGUCAAUGGCCAAAAAAACACUUUUAUCGAUCGGACUCAUCAAAUUCAUUUUAUGUUUUGGAAUCCUUGGACUUUGUGUCUUCUUGGAAUAUGAACAUGAAAAUGUAAGUUUUUUCUUUUCUUGUUCAAAAAUGUCUUUAUUCAAAAACUACGAUUGUUUUUAGGUCGCUGGCCAAGAUAAAUACAUUAAAAUCGGUCUUGAUCAUGUUGCUGCAAUGCUCGCAAUUGUCAGUGGAGCUAUGGAUAUUUGGGCAACGUGUGGAAAGGCUCAGCGAAAUUUGAACCUUAAAGUUGCACUUGCAAUCUCUGUAGUUGCUGCAACUUGGUGUUUGAAAUCGAUUGACAACAAUGCGAUGCCAUUUUAUAAAAACGACUUGAAAUCGUAUUAUGAAGGAAGAGAACUUGGAGAUGCGUCAGUUACUUCAACUGAUUCACCAAGAUAUAUUAUUGUUAUUGUCGAUGGCGUUCUUCUUGGUUGUUUUGGUAUCGCAUUUUUCUUAUGCACUUUGUCAGCAGUUAUUGUCGGAACUUAUCUUCAACUAGAUUUCCAUUCAAUGCACACAGAAACCAGCAAAACUAUCAAAGUUGCUACUGCGUAAGUUUUUUUUUGUUCGAUUAUCUCAAAAAUUUAUCAAUUUUUCAGUGUCUUGAGCAUUCUUCAUGUUUUCUUCGGAGCUGCUAUGAUGGCUUUGACGAUUUUGGGAUUAUUAGACACUUGGUGGCGUGGAGAGUUCCUUGGAGCUGAUUUACUCUGGGUCUCUGUUUUAUUCAUAACAACGGGAUUGAUGACGUCGAAUAACUAUAGUGUUAUGAUUACUACAAAAUUCAUUUUAUCUACAGUUUGCCUCGGGAUUUGUGUUGAAAAAACUUGUGCAUCUGCUAAUUUGAUCUACCAAAUGGCUUCUUACACUGGAUAUAAAAAUGGAAAUAACCGCACUUUCGUUGCACAAAUUAUUUUAUAUUCAAUUCAAGCUUUGAUCUACCUUUUGGAAGGCCUAACAUCACUUGCUGGUGUUCUUCUUUACGGACAUCAAUUAAGAAAACAACCAAAUUUAACCUAUCGUCAUUCAAAUGGUGUUCACGGUCUUUUCUCACUUGGAACUCUUUUCUACGCAGUUGUCAUCACUGGUUGUUAUGUUGUUUUUGAAUUAGGAAAAUGGAGAUAUAAUGAAGUUCCAAUUGAAGUUCCAUUCUUCCGACUUGGAAAUGGUCCACUCGCUGGAGCUGUUUUCAUUGUUCAAGUGAGUUAACAUAUUUAGAAGACUAUAAAUUGAAAAAUGUUUCAGUUUUUGUGUAUUCCAUUCCCAAGUCUUCUUGCAUCCGCUUCAAUUCUCAAUGUUAUUAUUGCAUCGAUCGCUUUAUUCACAGUUUCAUCAGCUGUUACGAAUGUUUACUAUUUGGUGAGUGGGAAUUAUGAGGGAGUGAGAAUAUUUCUUGAAAAAAAAGCGUGAAAGAAUUGAAAAAAUCCAAGUAUGAAGUUCUAACACAUUCUGGGAAAUGGUUUUUUGGCUGAAGUGUCAUUAUAACUUGCCAAAAUGAUACCGAAAUCUGGGAAGCUUCCCAAACUCAUCUUCCCUAUUUUGAAAAUUUAUACUUGUUGUGGGGGGCAAAUCCAAUUUUUUAUAACUCAUUUUUUAGCAACGAUAUUUACAAGCGACGGAUCUCAUUCCAACCACCGAAACUCAACAAACAAUUUAUCAAGUUGCUAUCAUUCUAGCAGCCGCCGCCGCUUUGGCGUGUGUGAUUUGCACUAUCUGCGCAAUCAUUUGCUCUCUAAGGUAAACAAGAACACAUAAAUUAUCUAUAACUGAUAACAAAAAUGACUUUUAAAGAUCGUCCUAUAUUCUGCAUCAUCGAUCAACAUCACCUGACAGUACUGUUGUUGCGCCAUUGAAUGAAGAAACUUAUGGAAGUGGUACAUUGAGAGUUGGAACACAUAUGAGAACACCAUCGAGAUCACAUCCAAUGCCUAUUAGUCCGGUAGAGAUUUUGACAGAAUAAAUUUAUGAGAAAAUUUUUUAAAAAAUCGACAAAUUCAGAAAGAAGUGAAAGAAGGAGGGCCUUCCUUUUUGAAAAGUGAAUUCAAAAAAAUCAAACAAAAACACAAUUUUUUAAUCCGCUGUUUCAAAAAAAGUUGAAGCUUCCAAGACAUUCAAAGAUCCAAAAAACCUGCAUCUCCCUUUUCAGAAAAAAACUAACACUUUCUCUUCUCUCAUGAAAAACCUAAAACCAAUUACAGACAAGUGGAGUUCAGCAAAUGGAGGAACAAUCUGUUUACUGGAGCGCCGACGAAAAUCCCUUCUAUUAUCACACAUCAAAAAGAUUUUAUGGAAAACCAUACCAAAUUGAGUCCGGGUAAGUUUCAUACAUUUGGAAUCCUGAUAAAAGUAUGAAUCAUAUUUUUCUAGAUUUUAUGGAUACGCAUUAGCCGGACCUGGACAACCAUCACAAUCUCAACAACAACAAAGUGGAGCAGCAGCAAGUCCAUCGUCAGAAUUGAAUCGGAGGGUACAAUCAAGUGCAUCACAAACACAAAUAGGCCACGUGUUUAAUCAAAAUUAA